AUGAGAGAGACGCCCCACAAGUGAGUUGUCACCGCUGCCCCGCGUACUCGUCGUCGACGGACUUUUGAGGACGGAGCGGCGCCGUUGUCCCCGAAGCCGCGCACGCAGGCUCCAGCAGCCUCCUUCACCUCCAGUCAGGCCAGUGCACUGCUCCCUCCGACGCGGCUGCGAUGGCUCCCACCCUGGCAACAGCUUUCUCCCGCCGCUGGUGGAUGGCGGUGACGGCGGUCAUCGAGAACCUGCUCUUCUCUGCUGUGCUGCUCGGCUGGGGAUCCCUGCUCAUCAUGCUCAAAUCUGAGGGCUUCUACUCCUACUUGUGCAAAGGACCAAAAAACAGCUCGAGCCUCAACAUGUCCACCCCUGAGGAUAACAGCACAGCGGAAGAGUACCUGGAGAUGAACGGUUGGCCCAUCUGCAAGGACCAGGAUGAGAUGCUGAACCUGGCCUUCACAGUGGGCUCCUUCCUGCUGUCUGCCAUAACUCUGCCCAUGGGAAUUGUCAUGGACAAAUAUGGACCACGGAAGCUGAGACUUCUGGGCAGUGCCUGCUUUGCUUUUUCCUGCCUGCUCAUUGCCUACGGAGCCAGUGAUCCCACCAAUCUGUCCAUAUUGAUCUUCUUUGCUUUGGCGUUGAAUGGCUUUGGAGGCAUGUGCAUGACCUUCACUUCUCUGACGCUCCCCAACAUGUUUGGAGACCUGAGGUCGACCUUCAUCGCCCUGAUGAUUGGAUCCUACGCCUCCUCUGCUGUCACCUUCCCCGGCAUUAAGGUUAUCUAUGAUCUGGGUGCCACCUUCAUCUCCAUCCUGCUGGUUUGGGCCGGCUGUGCCUGCCUCGUUUUCCUCAACUGCUUUGUCAACUGGCCUCUGGAGCCCUUCCCCGGCCCAGAGGACAUGGAUUUCACUGUGAAGAUCAAGUUCAGCUGGCUGGGCUUUGACCACAAGAUCACAGGGAAGCAGUUUUACCGGCAGGUGACGACCGUUGGGCGCCGCCUCAGUGUUGGCAACUCCAUCAAGCAACAGCACCAGCUACCCAAAGACCUGGCCACGCAGGAGGCCAACAAGCUGUGCCUGUCCACCGUCGACCUGGAGGUGAAGUGCAAGGCUCAGGAGGAGACUCAGUCCUUCAUGAAAAGUAUCUUCAGUCCCAUCUUCUUACUGAGCCUCAUCACCAUGUGUGUGACCCAGCUGCGCCUCAUCUUCUACAUGGGAGCCAUGAACACUAUCUUGGAGUCCCUGACAGAGGGGGACCUAAGCACAGUGGAGAGGAUGCAAGUGGUGAGUGUUUACACGUCCAUCUUUGGCGUGCUCCAGCUUUUGUGUCUGAUCACCUCUCCUGUGAUUGGCUACGUAAUGGACUGGAGACUCAAAGAUUGUGAGGACGACAGUGACAAGAGUGCCAAGAGGGAGCCUGGUCAGCCCCGGCGCCCCGACAAGCAGAUCCAGAAGAUCGUCAACGCCACAAGAGCCUUCAUUUUCACCAACCUGCUCCUGGUUGGCUUUGGAGUCACCUGCAUCAUCCCCAACCUGCCCCUUCAGAUUCUCUCCUUUAUCUUGCACACGAUUGUCAGAGGCUUCAUCCACUCGGCAGUCGGAGGCCUCUAUGCUGCUGUGUACCCAUCCUCUCAGUUUGGCAGCCUGACGGGCAUGCAGUCUCUGAUCAGCGCUCUGUUCGCCCUGCUCCAGCAGCCUCUCUUCAUGGCCAUGGUGGGACCCCUUGAAGGAGACCCUCUAUGGGUGAACGUGGUCCUGUUGGCGCUAAGCAUGCUGGGAUUCUGCCUGCCCUUGUACCUGCUCUGCCACAGCCGUCACCUCCAGCGCCUCAGAGACGAGCGCGACGAGGAUCCCAAGAUCUACGUUAAGAUCAACAAUGGUAGCAAGCCCGAGGCCUUCGUCUAGACCGGGAGAGAGAACGGAGAGAAAAAAGAAAAGAGAAGGACAGAGAGAAGAAGAGACGGAGGGGAGAGUGGUGGAGGCCAUUUACCCGUGUGACAUUUGUGAUAAAUAUAUUCACUCUGUCCUCCAGCACGUCUCCCAGUUCGUCUGACGACUCACAGAUCCCUUACAUUUCCCAUACACACACACUUUCGCACACUCUUUCAAUAAUACUGCCAUAUUGCCAUUUGGCCAGACGUGACUGCACACCAAUGUGACACCCGUUCUCACCCUCCCUCAUCUGUUGGGCAUACAAUGCGAGAAAACCCUCCAGCCCCAGGCAGAUGUGUGUGGAAGGGGCCCGCCACACCCUUCACUAUCCCUUCGACUGCAUCUCUGAAAUGAGGAGAAAUUGACUAAUGGGAGAAAUAAGAAGCCACUGGGGCCUUUUUAUUUUUGACUCUUCUUCUUCACUCUUGUCAUUUUUGUUUCACACCGUUACACGUAGUCGACUGGUUUGGCCUCCACCAGUCCUACUGAAAAACCAUAGAAGAAGAAGAUGCCAGCCAUUGGAAAGCGAGGAGACUUUGGAGGAGACAAAUUCACAGUGACAGUAUUGUGCUUUUAAGACACCCAACUUAACCACCCAACAAAAACUGGUGCAUUGUGAACUUGUUGUAACCAUGGAGUUACCAUAACGACCUUUGCUCUCUGAUUGGUCCAGGUUUGUCUCUAAACAGUCAUCUCUCUUAGACGGCACGCGCCAGUGUUCAGUGGGGCUGCUUGGUUUCUGUUUUAUUCGUCAGGACUUAAACAUCUUCUGGGAGACAAAAAAAAGUACAUAUACACACACCCACGCACACACACACAGGGACACAGACACACACACACACGUGGCACCUUCAGUCAUGACAUCUCUGUUUCCUCCUGUGCUCGAGAGCAUUUACUGAGUAAGAAUCCUCAGACAGCAGUAUUGGUAGCAGUUCAGAUUGAAACACAUAGUAUGAUAGCAUAUGACGCACAGAUACGUUAGAAAGAAAACACUGCAGCACCUCUGCGUGUGUGUUACAUAAUGCAGUGUGAGAAGCUGGUUUCUGAUGUUAGGUAAACUGCACCGCAUGAUGCCAGGCAUGACAGUGCUGGUCCUAUGCUACAGUGUCAUUCAGUCACUAGUGCAGGAAGACACUUAACUUGCCAUGUCGGUCUAGUUUUUGUUUUCUGAGUCAUGAAUUCCUAAUGUAUGUUCGGAAAAAAUGUAACUGUUUGUUGUUUUCUCUCAAAUGUAUUUAUUGCAAUAUGAUCGCAGACGUGCUGUUAAAUCUUUUUCCCUAUACAUGAUCUGGAGAUGUGGAGGAGGCGACGUGUUUAGAGUAGGUAGAUGGGACAAAGAUAUUAUAUAUAAUGUGUUUUUAAAGGUUGGAGUGGCGUAGAGGUGGAGCCCCACUUGUUCUACUUGCUACACACACGUGAAUUUGGAGUUUUGAUACGUUGUAGCAAUAAGUGCUUCUGUGGGGUGCUGGGCAACACGUUGACACACAGUCACACACAGACGGGCAAAUAUGUGUACGUUUAACGGCCUGUAUUGCUAAAUCACAAAGGGUGCUAGUUCAUUACAGAAAUGUGUUUUGUGUGUUUUGCUUUAAGAGGCAGUUGAAGUCAUUUUACCACAAAGGCAACAAAUCGCCAUCAAUUUACUAACAAUACCUGCUCCUUCAGUGGAUUUCCAAAGAACCAAUCAAGUUACCAUUUCAAAGGACUACUUUGCUCUUUGUUUCUUAUCAGCGUUGUGGUCCUUCUGCACCAUAACACAAAGUGCAACCACAGCAGCAGCUCUGGGAAACUUGAUUUCACCUCUUACAGACAUAAAGGGACAUUAGGUUGAAGGUAGCAGGCUGAUAAAGACACGUUCCCCCAGCUUCGGAGUAAAGCAGAGCAUGAUGAGUCAACACAGACGAUAAAGAGUCUCCAUCUUUGAAAGAAAAGCUCUGAGCAGAACCAAGGAGGGUGUAGAGAAUGAUACAGGGAGAUAAUAUUUGCAAUUUCAGUCCGCCAUCUUCAAAUGCCAUAGAGUGAAGCUCCUCAGAUAUUUUCUGCCCGGCAGUAACUCACAGAGGCCCUUCCAAAGACAGCCAUGACCCUCAGAGUGCCUCUCUGUGUGUACAGAGGAUGGGAGGAGUUGAUUCAGGCAGGAUGUGGCACACCGAGUCCCUCUCUUCCUCCAUCUCUCUGUUUACCUAUUGCUCUCAUCCGCCCAUCAUUCCGCAAACAGGUCAUGAGAUGUUUGCCGACGACAGAGCUGAGAGACAAGCCUCUGCUGCCAUCAGAGGCCCCCACUGAAUGACUAAGUGUGAAAUGAAUGGCACAUGAUGCACUUUAGACCUCUCAAAUGGACCUCAGUUGUGUAUUUCUGAAUGGCUUGCCCCCACUGUAGCGUACACACAGUGCAUGGUUGCAUGAUGCAAAGAAUGUAUACGCGGAACUUCAGAGGUAGAUUCGUAAUUCAGGACAUGGGAAUGGAAAGAUGCUGUUAUUUUUUUAUACUCCGAAAAAAAAAAAAACGUUUCUUCGCAUGUUCAUUAUAUUGCCUUUAUGUGCACGGACAGCGUGGCAGAGUCUUGUCUCUCAGUUCAGGAAUUUUGACAAGCGUGGCCAUAGCAAUCAGAACUGUAGGCCCAUUCAUCCUUACUAAACUGCACGGGUUUGUUAUCUGUAAAGGAUCAGAGAGAAUUGUGUGGAGUAAAAUUGGUGCAGAAAUGAUUCAACUUUGUUGAAGUUACAUCACAGAGGUGAAGGAACUUCCGCAAAGUGGGAAAAAUGUACAUUAGUCAUAAAACUAAAUUUGGAAUUAGUACAUUUCUGUGCAUGUCAAAUUGAAUGUUGUUUCCGUGCGUAAGAAAAAUGAAGUCAUGCAGAAGGAAGUAAUGAAUCCCCAGCACAAUGUCAGUACUACAUUUAUUAAAAAACGUUACUUUUUGGUCAUAGAGGUCUGUCAGACAUCAAAUUCCUGUCCAAGGUCUAUGACAUAAACAUACACAGAUAGUGUGUAGGAAGCAACUGCAUUCUUCUGUAUUUCUGUAUUUUUCUUUAUUUCUUUUGCGUUUCUUUAUCCAGAAAAUUCACAUUGUUGCACCGCUUAAGUACAAAACUCUUGUUACAGGAGCAGAUCUUAAUGCGUCCAUCCCAUCUUCCACCACGUUCUCCCCCCGGGCCUGGGGCGUGGUGGCAGCAGGUUCAGUAAGACAGCUCCUCCUCUCCUAGAACAGAUAUGAACCUUUUUUGUUUGUCAGUCUUGAUUUGUACAUCGCAGAUACAAACCCACACAGAGACACUAAUCAUUCUUGUACUGCCACUGGCACAAGGUCUGUGUUGUGUCAUCACUAAGCACCAGUUUUGUACUUGAGAGAUACAACAAUCUGAGUUUUUACAUAAAAGUGUACAAAUUUGAAUUUAUUCGCCGUGCACAAGUCCUCAAUUACAAGUUUACAAUUUUUGUUUUCACCUCAUGAAACCUUAUGUACAUUUUGUCAUUCCAGUAAAACACAUAUCAGUGAUCAUGGCACUAAUUUAACUCCAUAGAGGGCAUCUCGUCGUGUGCUGGUGUGUCCUGUAAUUUAAAUGAGUGCGUCUCAACAUGCUGUUACGACGCGAGAUGACGGGCGGGUACAGAUAUACUCUGAUGCAGUACUUAACUAUGAAUGUGAGUGAUGAUGGACGUUGAUCCUCGAAUUUGCUCGAUAACCCCUCCUGAACUCACACCGCGGCGAAACAUGAAAUUAGCUCAUGUGCAGACUGUUUGUCUUAAAUGUCUGUACAUUGAAAUCACAUGCAAGUUUGUGAUUAUUAAGCCUGGGUGAAUGAGUGAUGAGUUAUCAAGUGAAAUCUUCAUUCCCUCAAAACGGGAAACUAAUCAGCACUUUCCUUCACUGCCGUACCUUAAAAGUCUCCCCCUGUCCUCAGUGCCAUCACCUUCCCGGUCUAAUGCCAACUUCCUAGGAUAAGCAUUCUGCAUUACCGUAGUUUGGUUCAUUGAUUGACGUACUGAUGAAUUGUUUAUUCUCUGAAGAUGAAUCCUAGCAUCGGCAUUUGCUUGCGGGUGUUUUUAUGGCUAUGUGUGAUGAUAGCAAAUGGGGAUUUUAGCUUUGUUUCUCUCUCCCCUGGCAUGUACGUUUUGUAUUUUUGCUACCUACCAUGUUUCGGUUUAGUUUUGUUGUUUUUACAUUCUAUUUUUUUCUCUGAUGUUUACGAGAAUGUGUAUUUUCCCGGUCUUAUAUUGUAUAUCUCGUCUUCUUUUGUCUUGUACCACAGUAUAGCCAUUGUCACUGACAUUUCAAGUCAUGUUGUCUCAACUGAGAGAAAAAAAAAAGACAGAUCAAUAUAAGGAGAAAAAUAAAAACCAUAAUUUGUA